AUGAGUUCGAUACAAGAACGGCUUCAGAUGAAGCGUGUCCCGUUGGAUAAGUGGUCGACGAAAGAGAAACUCUGCCUGGCUUCGUCCGUGGCAUGUAGCGGUGACCAAAAUUGGAUGUCCGUGAGCCGAUCGCUAAAGAUGCUUUGUAGUUCAAACCGACCAAAUGACUGGUUUGCGCAAAAGUCCUGUGCUGCCCAGUAUGGCAAGCUUUUGGAGAAUGUAGAAACACCGAAACGAAAGAAGCGUACCGCGUCUGAACGGGACGGGAUAGCGGCUGUAGAAACACCCGGAGAAUCCAUUCUUCGGAAAUUGACGCAGGAGCGUAUCAUUGAACUGAAAAAAAUCAUUCAAGAGGAAACACAACAGUAUAUCAAGGUGAAGGAAGAUAUCAUACUGAUUCAAAGUGGAGUAACGGACGAAAAGAAAUUACGUGAGAUGUGGAAGCAGAUCGAACAGGAAAAAGCCCAGAAGGAGAAGGAACAAAUACAGCACGAAGAGUGGCUUAAGGAGCGCGAAGAAAAGAAACUUGAGCUCGAGCGUCAGUGGCGCCCCUUGUAUCCGAACUCACCAAACGCCAACAAAGCUUCGACGCCUCCGAUAAAAUUUAAAGAGGAAACCGAUGAAGACAGCCAGGGAUCCUGUAAAUCUGGAACGUCUCCAUUGCUAACAUCACUGCUGAAAAAUCCAGGAGAUGUGCGAGCACCUGGUGCUUCAACAACACCCGCGACAAUCGCACGGUCGACAUCAUCGCCAACAAUUACGAAUCUUUUGAUUGGAACCGCUGGAAACGUUGCAAAAUCUCUGUCAUCGACUACGUCGGCCACCGGCAUGGGAGAUACGGAGCAUCAAGCCCAGUUUGGUGUAGAAAUUAAACAAGAGGCACUUACUGCUACUGCAAGAAUGACUGAGGAAAAAGAACAUAAUCAAGCAAACUUGGAAGGCGCAUCCACAAAUGUCAGCAAAACGGAUGAUGCUGUCAGUUCUGGUUCCCAGAAAGCUACUGCCUCGAAUCCAAUCAAAUCUGAGACAUUAUUCUCUGAAAUGGACAGUGAAGAUAAUGCAGAUCCUGCGAAAGACCUAAUGGAAGCAUUGGAAGACCUAAUACCGGAUGAUUUCGAUGAGAUACUGAAGGAAAACAGCGGCAUGCUCCUGGAAGAUGUUGAUCUCAAAAACGUUGUGGACUCGAUCAUGGAGGAGGAAGAAAGCACCUUGAAGGAGAAGGACCAUAUAGAAAUGCCCGAGGGUGUCGAAGAUGUACAGAUGACCGAAAUUGCAGGAAACAUUAGUAGUGAAACGGCUUCAAAAAACGAGGAAACCUCGGUGGAACGCAUUAAAUCUCCACCACUAAACGCUCCGUCGUCUUCAUCGUCAGCUGCAGUAGUAGCCGCAACGCCAACAACAGUAGUUACUCCAGCUGAAACGGCAGCAGUCCCAUUGGUAGCUAAAACUAACGUCGAAGAUGCCUCGGCUAAGAAGCAAAAUGAGCCGUCAGCUGAAGAAAAACAGAAUGAUUUUCAAAAACAGACCAAUUCUAAUGUGGAAACGCUGAAGGAAGACAAGACCCAGGAAACGGAAGAUUCCAAAAUGGAGAUUAUCCCGAUUGAAGAUAGCACCAGUAAUUCUCCGGUUACGAAUCAAUCAAGCGAUGAUAACAAAGAUGCUGCGGAAGACUCCAGUGGACAGGAUCAGCCAGAAAGCGUGAUAGUUGUGUCGGAUUCCGCUAAAGAAGAUGAAGAGGAUGAAGAUCAAGAAGCGGAGGCUAGUUCUAACGAUGCACCGGCUGCGAUGGACGACGAAGAUUCCGACGAUAAACCGCUUGCUUCACUGGACGUUGUUCCUGAGGUUGUUGCGGGGGGAACCGAUAAAACAGUUCAAAAGGUAGAGGACGAUAAGAUGACCACCAAACAGGAAGCUUCAGUGGAGGAACAAGAGAAACGUCCCUCUGAAUCGAUCAUGUCGCCUGCAGAUGUGACAUUGGAAAUGAAUAAAGAGGAUAUCGCUUCCUUACCCGCGGAUGAGGCAAAAGCGAAGAAGGAAGCGAUGGAAAAGCUUGCCUCGGAGUACGAUUUUAAGGAUGACGAGGAGCCAAUAGUGCAGUUAUCGAUUAAAAAGGUGAAAGAAGAGAAGCACGUUUCCGAAGACGAGGUGGUUGAAGACACCCAGGAUACGGUCGAUGAGCCGGAGGAAGUGAAAGAGGUGGAACCGCCAGUGAAAAAACCACUCGUAGAUGAUGCGAUACUCACGGUGACAGACACCGACGACGAUUCGCUGAUCGAGAUGAAAAUCGGAAAAGCGAAGCGCGAUUAUUCGCGUCGUCGUUUGGCAGACGAAGCGCAAAAGCUCAGAGACGAUAUGGCGGGACACUCGCGUAGCGAUGAAACCGAGGGACGAUCGCUUAGAAAACUUCGCGAUCGGGAUCGCUCCGAGAGCCCGUUUGUUAUGCAGGAUGAGGAACCAAACGAGAAAAUGAAACGAAGCUACUCGUCGACACCGGUGAUGGAUUCCAUACCGGGUUCGCCAGCCUCGAGCGAAGAUCGCGAUCAUCGCGCUUGGAAGAAAUCAAUUAUGGCAGUCUACUCAAAAAUUUCGGGUUUGAAAAAUGCAGCGGCGUUCCAGAAACCAUUGUCCGAAGAACAAACGUCAGAGUUUAUCUACCGACCGAUGGAUUUGGCGCAGAUCAAACGUAACAUCGAAAAUGGAAACAUAAGAACGACCGCUGAAUUUCAGCGCGACAUUAUGCUCAUGUGCACCAACGCGGUUAUGCUGAAUCGAAGUGACCUUUGUCCGCCUCACGCGGCUUCCCUGUUGAUGCGAGAAAGUAUGUCCAUUAUCGAAACGGGCAUGGAUCCAAAGGCGGCGAAGGAGCGGGAUAACGAACGUAACACCCACAAGCGAAGCUCGAGGAAAAGCACGACGAGAAAUUCUUCUGCUGGAAGAAGCUAAUCGAAGAUCACAUGUAUUUUCAUAUUCUUAUCAAUAAA